AAAAAAAAAAAAAAGAAAUACCAAUUCAUAAGUAGUUAAGGGAGAAAUACUGACUCAUCCAUAGGAGACAAACCCAUCUCAGUUUCUCCCUCCCGUCUCUGUAUACAUACACAUACCGACAUACGUCUUAGUUUUCUUUUCUUGUGUUCAUCGUCCCUCUUUCUUGCGCUCCUUCUUCUCUCCUUCGCGGAAACUGAACAGACACAGAAACUUCAGAUGUUCCAAAACGAUAAGUAGAUAGAUAGUGGAGAGAUUAACGAGAGAGAGAGAGAGAGGGGGGAGGGAGAGGAUGGGGAACUGCUGGGCAAAGCCUGUGGAUAAUCUCCCGAGCACCACGAAACCUUCCAGCCCAAUCCAUAGUGAUGCAAAGACAUUAAAAAACAGCAGCAGCAGCAGCAGCAAGAGUUAUCGGAAAAGCUCGUCGGCGUAUACUAGAGAAGCAGGAGGUGUUGUUGAUGAUAAUGAAGUGGGUUUGGGUACAAUAACAACUACAAUAAGUGGGCAAAUUAUAACCCCAAACUUGAAAAUGUUUAGUUAUGCAGAGCUAAAAAGAGCCACAAAAAACUUUAGACCUGAUUCGAUGCUGGGUGAGGGAGGGUUUGGAAAGGUUUUCAGAGGUUGGGUCGACGAGAAAACAUAUGCACCUUCCAUGGUUGGAGUUGGAAUGCCCGUUGCUGUCAAGAAAUCCCAUCCAGAUAGCUCCCAAGGCCUAAAAGAGUGGCAAGCGGAGGUCAAAUUCUUGGGAAAAUUCAGUCAUCCCAAUCUGGUUAAGCUAUUGGGGUACUGUUGGGAAGAGGAAGAAUUUCUCCUUGUCUAUGAGUAUAUGCAGAAGGGAAGCUUAGAGACCCACCUCUUCAGUACUGGUGCAAAACCACUCUCAUGGGAUAUUCGGCUUAGAAUAGCCAUAGGAGUAGCUCGAGGCCUUUCUUUCUUGCAUACAACGGAGAAAAAAGUCAUAUACCGCGACUUCAAGGCCUCCAACAUAUUGCUAGAUGGGGAGUUUAAUGCAAAGCUUUCAGAUUUUGGGCUGGCUAAGUUAGGUCCAGUAAAUGGUCACUCGCAUGUCACUACACAAAUUGUGGGAACUUAUGGUUAUGCAGCUCCAGAGUAUGUGGCCACCGGUCAUUUGUAUGUUAGAAGCGAUGUAUAUGGCUUUGGGGUGGUGUUGCUCGAGCUGUUAACGGGCCGUCGGGUGCUUGAUUUGAAUCGGCCCAGUGGAGAGCACAACUUGGUGGAUUGGGCCAAGCCUUUCCUGCCCGAUAAGAGAAAGCUGAAGAGAAUAAUGGACCCACAUCUGGAUCACCAGUAUCCUUCUAAAGGUGCAUUCCAAGCAGCUGCACUUAUACUCAGAUGUCUUGAAUCUGACCCCAAAAAUCGCCCCUCCAUGGAAGAAAUCUUGGAGAAUUUAGAACAGAUUAACGCCAUCAAGAUGAAACCCAAGGCCUCCAAAUGCAGAAACAAGCGUCCUACGGCCCAACACCAAGAACAACACUCCCCGAAUUAUCGUCAUUAUAAUCAGUAUAAGUCUCCACUUCACAGCAGGCAUGGCGGCAGCGUCAUUGCAACUGGAGCUUCACCCCAUCAACACGCACCCUUGGCUAAGCCUCCCUGGUAGACAUGGGUCUCGCAAGUUCUUACAUCGAGCCAGUGGCUUCUUUUGGAGAGUUGACUUGAGUGUAUUGUACUUGUACAAGCCUACCAAAAGAACUAAACAACUCUUGUCUUACUGGGCAAGGACCUAAAAGCAUGGCUAUUGGCUAAUAAAUUGUUUCAAUUUGCAACCAUUAAUCAUCUGCAAAAGGGCCACAAGAA